AUGAAGAACCUCAGGCUGUGGCUCGGUACGGUGGUGGUGAUUCUAGUAGCUAGCAGCAUCUGCAUCUUUAGCAGUGAUAUUCAGCGUUGUUCCUGCGUGACAGGACCGCCCGACUAUCUCUGCCCGACGGCGGCCUUGCUGCAGGUGUAUCUGUCGCACGAGCUGUACUGCACGCGGUACUACAAGUGUACGGAUGGACGUGCGAUCGAGUUCCAGUGUCCUUACGGGCUGUACUUCGACGCGGUGAACAAUACCUGCACGUGCGACUUUACGCUGUGCUACCGCGCCGAUCCGUGCCUACAGUUCGUCGAUAGCUGCCGGUGCUGCGCCCAGAAGUUCGACAAUACCGGGUUGGAACCAGCCAAUUUUUACGUCUGCUACAACGACGGGUACGCCGUGGCUACAACCUGCCCAGUAGCGUUCGAUCCGUGCAGCGAGGAAACCAUACAGUUGGAGUUUGUUAAUCAGAAGUGCGAAGUCCCGGCAUAUACGUCCGCGAACCGAGAUGCCGGGAUGGGUCAGGCGAACGGUCGUCAGGAAUUAAUCAUUGCCGUAAUCGGAUACGGUGAGAAGCUAUCGCUGCCCAACGAUCGGAGGCUCUCCCGCUAUCGGUUAUCGGACUCCGGGACGCUGGUCGCACUCAUGAUGGAUCGAUCAAUUAGCGACGAUAUGCUACGAAACCAUUGGCUUGAUCGAAUUCUACCGGGCGGAAAAGUAUCCUGCCCAUAA